UUGACGAAGAAUUCGUUCCAUUAACUACUUGGGAAAUGCUUCAUAGCGAUUCAGAUAUUGCAAAAGACAGGCGAGAUUUAUUCCGCAGUUUCGAUGUAAUGGCGGGCCUUGUAGACGACGAAGGUUUCAUGAUGAUUACUCCAUUUGUAGGUGUUGAUAACACAGAUACAUUUACAGUUGAUAGAUACCAAUUGGAAAACAAAUAUAUACCAGAUAUCGUGCGUAUAAUGUUUGGUGAAAAUAUUCCAGAAAACAUAAAUACUCUUGUCGCUUUUGAAUAUACGGACUGGAAAAAUCCUGAUGAUGAAGAGCGUUCUUAUGAAUCUUUUAUGCGGCUAAGUUCCGAUUACGUUUUUAACAGCCAAGUCAUUGACACAACGAAGAUACAUGCUGAAAAUAAUCAUGGCACAAAAACGUUUUUGUUCCUUUUAAAUGCUUUCUCAUCCCAACAUAUUCUGUGGGUACCACCCACGUGGAAAGGUGGGUCAGUACACGCUGACGAGUGGGCGUUUAUUUUAGGGUAUGAUUCAGAGAGCGGAUUUACAAGCGCAACAGCUCCAUAUGGCGUUGAACCACAGAAAUGGGAAAUUGAAAUGUCAAAAGAAGUAAUCAAAAUGUGGACAAAUUUCGCAAAAAGCGGUGAUCCAAACAAGCCGGUGCGCAUUAACACGGAAUGGCCGGAGUACAAUUUAGAGAGUCAACUAUAUCUUAACAUUAGUAGGGACAUGUCGGUCGGGCAGCGGUUAUUUGAUAGGGGCUAUAACUUUUGGACAAAUAUAUUACCUAAACUUGUAAAAAUGACAAAACCAGAAAUGUCCAAAAAGGAAAACUAUUGCGAUAAAGAAGAAUCCGGUUGUAGACCGUAGAAAAAACAAGUGCUUGUUUCACCUCGCCUAUGCAAAAUAUCAAAUAUAUAUUCUGAUAACAUUUCUUCAGCGUAUAUUUCCAUAUAUGACCAUUUAGUGUGGGAAUUUAAUUCUGAAAUCAGAAUGUAAUGAAUGUAGUCAAAUAUUUUUAAAACGCACAUGUUUAUAUUCAUAUUAAUUUUCUUCUUGUAUUUUUCUUUCAUUUAGAUCACAGGUGCUUGAAACAACCUUUUAUAUGUUCUUUAUGGGCUAUAUACUAUAAUAAGAUAUCAUUAAAUAAAUAUAAUUUUCCACGGUUGAGCGAAAGUGAAUUAUACGAAAAUUAUUUUCCAUUGGUCGAAUAUAGUAUCUAUUGAUAGAUUUGUGCUCGAAGUUUUCGUGCUAAAGUAAUGUUCAGCUUUGGACGAUGGACUAGGCAAUAUCAGCUUAAAAAAUUAAGAAUUGACAAGAAAUGUGUUUAGCAUAAAUGUUUCAUUUUCAACCAUAUAGUUGUGAUAUAUAUUUUGUAAGAUGAUUUUAUUAUCUGAAUUUAAGAUUAUUGUCUAUGAAUGUGUUAAAAUGAAUAUAUUUGUUAAUAUGCAUUUAUUAUAGUAACUAUGUAUUGUUACAUGUUAUAAUUGAAAUGUGAAUGUAUUACACACUACACACUGAUCGUCCAAUUGCUCCAUACAUAUAAUACAUUUUCAAAUAGUA